UGCAGAGCUUGCUUUGCUUUCAUGCUUUCCUUCCAAUCUCCACUGCUUUCUUUCACUGUUUUCUCCUGCACUAGUUUUUCCGUUUUUGGUCUAUGGAGAUGACCUUGCAACACUCCCACAACAUCACUUGUUGUCACCAAGAAAACGAUGGCAUUCCCAGUCAUUAUACCACCUCUACUGCUACACCUUGCAACUCAUCAGCAAUGGAAACUCUUAAUGACAUGGGUUCUCUCUCUGUUGAUCCUAGCAGUAGAAUGCCACUGAAUAUUUGCUCCUCAGUGUGUUUUGACAUGGGCCGAAGGGGUUUUGCCCUAGAAGGAAAAUGCUGCAGCAAUAGGUUGGAGAAUAACCAGUGCAGUGAAGAAGUUGGUGAUGGUGGGAAAGAACAAAAACACAAGGCUGCACGUAUAGAAAACAUUGAGGAGAGUUUAGUGAAUGGGAAAGACAUAAUGGAAGGUAGGGAGCCGAAGAUUUGUAAUAGAGGGCAUUGGAGACCAGCAGAAGACUCUAAACUCAAGGAACUUGUUGCUCUUUAUGGACCUCAAAACUGGAACCUUAUAGCAGAAAAGUUGCGAGGAAGAUCAGGUAAGAGCUGUAGAUUGAGAUGGUUCAAUCAGUUGGAUCCGAAGAUCAACAGAACAGCUUUUAAUGAAGACGAAGAAGAAAGGCUAAUGGCAGCUCAUAGAGUUUAUGGUAACAAAUGGGCCUUGAUUGCUCGAUUUUUCCCAGGGAGGACUGAUAAUGCUGUUAAAAAUCAUUGGCAUGUUGUAAUGGCUAGGAAAUACAGAGAGCAAUCCUGCAUUUACAGGAGGAGAAAGCGUACUCAAGCUGUUCAAAGAAGGGUGGACAAUGCUGGUGAUUAUGUGAGCAAAAAUACAGUCAAGAACACAGAUCCCAACUCUAACAUUAUCUGCAAUAGCAGAAUCAUCAAACCAUCUUGCCUCCCCUUUUCACCUCUGAUUGGUGGCUCUAAUAGUACCUACGGCAAGAUGACUGCGGGACUCUUGUUUUCUAGAAGUCACCAUGGAUCUCUUGCAGAAGAGACACCUAGAUUUUUUCCAGGUCACCAGAUGCACUACAAUAUGCUACGAGAUAGUGACACAUGCACUGUUUUCUAUGCCAUGCAACAAUCAAGCAACCGUCACUUUCCAGGUUUCUCAGACGCCAUGGCAUCAUCAACAACUCAAGCCACAGUAAGUGAACCAUCAUCAUCUUCGCUAUCAGUUGCAGAGAACACAGAAGCCAGCUCCUUUGAGAUCACUACUACAUCACCACCAUUUAUAGAUUUUCUUGGAGUAGGAGCCACGGGAAGUGCUAGAGUUUCCAAAACCUGCAACAUGUAUUUGAGAAGCAAUUCUGUUGCAUAUGGCAGCACAGGUAUCAUUGAAGGCAAAGAGAAGUGAAAGGACUGUUACUUUUAGAUGGUCCAGAAUGAGCUUUUGUCAUCACCAUGGCCUGCUCCUUUGUAAUAAGUGACCAUCAUGAUAUAUUUACAAAUUUAAAGCAGUGAACAAUCACUCUGUCUUCAUAACUUCACAA